AUGCUGGAGAACUGGAGUGGAAAUUUAAGUCAAGGUUUCUGGAAUAAUAAUAAGGUAACGCAUUUCGCUUGUGGAGGACAUUCAGGCCGCACCCAUUUGAAGUCGCUCUGGAAUAUUAUGAGGAUUUUCCUAAAAGUUCCGUAAAAGGGAAAAUUCAAUUGCAUUUUUUUUUCAUAUUUCCACAAUUUGGACGAAGAUGGGUAAUGACUCUUGGGCUGUGUGAAACACUGAGUCAUUGUCGAUGACUGAACCUUUUAAGAGAUUCACAGUAACGAUGCUGAAACAACUCACAAGAGGAUGUCGGCCGUCUUUCUUGUUACUCGACACCCCGAUGUUUUCGCCCUGUAGGAUUACUGUCAAGAUUGCUUAGAUUGGGCAUGUUUCAAUAUGAUUUUUUAUUGUGGAAUUUAAUUAACGAGACAGAAGCGCAAAACAUCGUCCCGGCAUGUCCGACGUUGGAUAGCAAGCUUUCCUGUGUCUCAACCUUGCUGUCAUGGAUGCCUCCUGGUCUCUUCUUCUGGUGACCGCUGUCCUUCAGAUCUCACUUGGACUGUCCACUGCUCCCAAAUUUUGCAGUGCCCUCCGUCCACUGGAAGCACACCUGAACUUCUCACACAGACUGCAAUAUCUGAAGCAUAACUUCCCAAUUUCCUACACGGUACCUGUGCAUUAUGAGGAAGUCUUCCGGGUGACCAAUGUGACCAGAUUGCUGUUACACAAAGGUGUCACAGAGGCUUCUCUCCAGGAGCUCUGGCUCUACAUCAACAAAGAGGUCCUCAAGAAGAUCCUGCAGGUGCUGCCUCAGAAGCAUCCAUCCUGGUCAUAUGUCCAGCAGCUUGAACACCUCCUGGGUCUCGUUGAGCAGCUCUUCCCUCAGCCCAAGGAAGAUGAAUGGCCUGAAAAGAUUUAUCAGAUUUAUACAAAUGUGAUGGACCCAUAUCCUGCAGCCUGGAAAAAGGUGACACCUAAAGCACUCCUGGAUAACUGCCUCAGAGUCAUGGAGAAGCUCUUCCCAUGUAUCAACCGAAAGAGAAAACGAAAGCAAAGCACAGACUUAAGUGCCUGGUAAAGUACCUUAGGUUCUGUGGUGGUGCCUGCUGAGUGCUGACCUGGUAGAAACAUUACUUGUAACCCACUUUGGGGUGCCUCAUCCAAUGUAUUGCAUGUUAUCUUCAGUCAGAGCCACUGUGCCAGCAUUUCCAUAUGCUGCCGUCACUGUGCUACACAUCACGAGCACUCACAUAUGCUGCCAUCACAGUACUACACACUUCAUGCACUCCUGUGUGCCCCAUCACCGUGUUACAUACCACCCACCCUCCUGCAUGCUGCCAAAUCUUUACUCUUCUUUGGUGCUACAUGUCAGCAGCCCUUUGUUCUGUGUUGCACGUGACCUACUUACCUGUAAUGCAGUCAUUCACCCAACAUCUGUCUUCUGUGUGCCAUGUUUUAGUCCAUUUCUCUGUGUCACUACCACCUAACCUUGACGGCACAUGACCACUACUAACUGCUUAGUGCUAGUAAGGUGCUGUGUGUCACCCACCCAGUGUGCUGCCUUCACUUAGUUGUUGUGAGCUGCCACUACUAUACCAUACCCCCCUGCUGAACCUGCUUGUUCUCUGACAAUAUUGUGCAACACAGUUUCCUGACUUCAUGCCACAGUGUAGUGCUUCUAUUGUGCUACAAGUCACCUUCACCAGUGUCCACCUUUUACUCUUAACUGCCACUACCAUAUUCUGUUCUGUCAUUGCUUUACGUCACACUGCCUUCACUGCACUGUGUGUUACACGUUGCAUAUUCUACUGUGUCCUGCCUCCACUUGCCAUCACUAUGUGGCACACCACCUUUGCCUCACUGUAUGCUAGCUACAUACUAUUGUACAGCUCUGUUUUCACUCCACUUUGCACCACCACCACUUUGGCCAUAUUAUAGUCUGGCAUUGCUGUACAGUACACUGCCUACACCACACUGUACACUUACUUCACCGUUCUCCAUGUUGCCUACUUUCCAGUGUAGUAGCUCCACCUGCCAGCCCUGUGUGGCACACCUCUUUCCUUUCACCGUAUGCUGACUACAUACUAUUGUGCACUCCUGUGUGCCGUUUUUACUUCACUCUGCACUGCCAUUCCUGUUCUGCCAUUAGUAAGCAGCAUGCAACACUCUACUGUGCAUUGCUAUUUGUGUGCUACAUGUCACCUGUGCUCUUAUGUGGGACCUUUACCCAAAUGUGCUCCACAUUACCCCCUCUCUCUACUGUGUGCUGCCAUCACUGUGCAAUAUGAUAUCAGUGUUCAGCAGUUUACUAACACUACAGAACAGAAUGUCUCUUUGACCGUAUGCCACUUUACAAAUUACCCCUUGCUUCUAUAUUACUGUACACCACAUCUUCUUGACUCUACAAUACCGCGUACAUCUUCUUGACUCUGUAUUGUAGUGGAACACAUUAUUUUUGCUCCACAGUGCCAUAUAUACCCUGCAGUAGCCAAAGCUCUGCAAUUGAUCAGGUUCCCUGUAAAAGUAUUGUUGCACUUGCAGUACGUCUUCAUAUUCACAAAGGCAGCAACGUAACCACAACAAAAAACAAUUGGGAUACAAAGAAUAAUUUUAUAUUUAGCUUGAACAAAUCAUUCCACCUUUGCAGUGGGCUGGCGCCCUGCCCGGGGUUUGUUUCCUGCCUGGCGCCCUGUGUUGGCUGGGAUUGGCUCCAGCA